UUGGCUUUUCUCUCAGUUUUAGGAAUGAGGGUGUCACACUGGUGCAUGCUGGGAUUGACCAUACUGCUGCUGUUGUGUGAAAUCGCCAUCAGUCAGCUGUGUAAGUCGCUAAUCGUCAUGGUGGACGGCUUCCACACGCUCCUUGUCCUCAUGCACAUGGCUCUUCCUCCUCCCCAGAAGGCAACUGUCAAACCUCCGUUCUCCUCUCUAUGUUCUCCCGCCUCUGCUCCGCAUUCUUUACCCUCCGUGGCAGCAUUCAUGCCCGAGUCGCCAGUCAAAGGUGGACCCGACUCCCAGGUGGAUCAGCCCGUCGACACGCACACGCCCUGGUCCCCGGCGGCCUCUCUAAAAAGGCCAAACUGCGGCCUGUCGUUUAGCGACAGCAGGAUCCCCGUGGUGGGCGUUUUCAUUUCCGCCCUCCUCCUGGCCUCUCUCUGCGUCUCUUACUUCUUGGAAAUCGUCAGCUUUAUUCUGGAGCCCCACCCGGUGAAGCACCCGCUGCUGCCGGUGGUGGUGGGCGCCGUCAGCCUGCUCCUUAAGGCGCUCGUGUUGGGGCUGAACCGGGAUCGGCUGCAGGACGGCCGCUGGCAGAAAGGGUGGGAACCGCACCUUGAAGUGAACCAUGAAGUUCUGGCCGAAGAGGAUUCCAGAGGUCGGACGGAGUGUGAAGACACUGGCCAAUCAGAAGGACUGUCCGUUGCGUGUGACCCCCCCCAUGUCGGGGCUCUCGUCCUCCGUAAUCCAGGUGCUUCCAGCGUGCCGGACGCUGACUCGGAAAUUCUGCAAAAACUGGCCGAGGUUCUCUGUGAGGGAGAGAGCGGUGCUGCAGAUUUCAAGUUGGCGGGCAGUAAAAACCAUCAGAUAACAUUGUCUGAGCCCUCUGCCUGCGAGUCAUCCCGCCCGCCCGAGACCCCGGCCCAGAGCAGCCAGUGGUCCAGCUGCCUGCUGUCCUUUGCCCUCUUUGUUCAGGGGGUCUUCACCGCCUUCCUUGCACUGACCAACGGCCUGGCCACGCUGCUGAUGGCCCCCCAGCUCCCGCACGGCUCUGCGGCCCGCGGCGUCCUGGUGUAUCUGGAUCCCGCUCUUUCCCUGCUGGCCGUGUUGACCCUGAUUGCCACAGCCAUGCCACAGGUGUACAGGUACGGGCUGCUGCUGCUUCAGGCCUCACCCGCACACAUCUGCGCCACCGAUGUCGGACGGAGGAUUGCGAGCGUGCCGGGAGUCCAGGCCGUGCACGACCUCCACAUCUGGCACCUGACUGACUCCCUUGUGGUGGCCUCUGUCCACGUGCACUGCUACGCUGAGCUUCCAGUACACAGGUGUGCUGAUGUGAUGUCGGGUGUCACCAAAGUGCUGCAGAACGUGGGAGUGAGCUGCUGUACCGUUCAGCCAGAGUUCUCUUCCUCCUGUGGGCCUUCCUCUGACGGAGGAGAGGACGGCUCCCCUGUCAUCCACAGACAGGAUCCCUGCAUGCCGCCUCUACCCACCUGCAGCCUGGCUUGUGGGAAGGCCUGCGCUGGGAGCAUGUGCUGCUCUCCUCCAGAGGACGACUCCCAGAGGCCGCCGACACCACCAGCUGGAGAGACAAGGGAAGAGCCUCAGACUCUGGUCAUCCAGAACACCUUCCUCUAGCUGUCAGUCCCAACCAAAACUCAGCGUCCCGGUGUGAAGGUGAAGCCAAAACCGAUCUAGAUGAUGUCUUGUGAAACAUUGUUAGAGAUUGCUGUGUUAGUUUUGUUACUGUAACAGGUGCUACUCCAAAGGUUUUUAUGUUGUAUCAUGUGAAACUCUGUGAAAGGCUGUGUGUGUGCUGUUCUUUUGUAAUUGGUUAUGUAUUUACAUGGAAAUUAAACGAUUAAC